CCCGCUGAGGCGGAGACUUUGUCGCGGCGGGCCAGGCCCCCGGGCGCCCGCCAUGGCGGGGCAGCGGGUGGAGGUCGAUGGCGGGAUCCUGGAAGGGGGCGGCCAGAUCCUAAGAGUCUCCACGGCUCUGAGCUGCCUCCUGGGCCUCCCCCUGCGGGUGCAGAAGAUCCGGGCUGGCCGCAGCACGCCCGGCCUGAGUCCUGGAGACUGGAAGUUCAAGAUCAAGGUGCUGGCAGGGCCUCAGCAUUUAUCUGGACUGGAAAUGAUUCGAGAUUUAUGUGAUGGGCAACUGGAGGGGGCAGAAAUUGGCUCAACAGAGAUAACCUUUACACCAGAGAAGAUCAGAGGUGGCGUCCACACAGCAGACACCAAGACAGCAGGGAGCGUGUGCCUCCUGCUGCAGGUCUCCAUGCCCUGCGUCCUCUUUGCUGCUGCUCCAUCAGAGCUACAUCUCAAAGGGGGAACUAAUGCGGAAAUGGCACCACAGGUCGACUACACAGUGAUGGUUUUCAAGCCAAUUGUUGAAAAAUUUGGAUUCAAAUUUAAUUGUGACAUUAAAAUGAGGGGAUAUUACCCAAAAGGGGGUGGUGAAGUGGUUGUUCGAAUGUCACCAGUUAAACAGUUGAAUCCAAUAAAUUUAACUGACCGUGGCUCCGUGACUAAGAUAUAUGGAAGAGCUUUUGUUGCUGGUGUUUUGCCAUUUAAAGUAGCAAAAGACAUGGCGGCAGCAGCUGUGAGAGGCAUCAGAAAGGAGAUUCGGGAUUUAUACGUCAACAUUCAGCCUGUUCAGGAGCCCAGAGACCAAGCGUUUGGCAAUGGCAGUGGCAUUAUAAUUAUUGCUGAGACAUCCACUGGCUGUUUGUUUGCUGGGUCAUCGCUUGGUAAACGAGGUGUAAAUGCAGACAAAGUUGGAAUUGACGCUGCCGAAAUGCUGUUAGCAAAUCUCAGACAUGGCGGUGCUGUGGAUGAAUAUCUACAAGACCAGCUGAUUAUUUUCAUGGCAUUAGCCAAUGGCGUUUCCAGAAUAAAAACAGGACCAGUUACACUCCAUACGAAAACAGCUAUACAUUUUGCUGAACAACUAGCAAAGGCUAAGUUUACGGUGAAGAAAUCAGAAGAUGAAGACGACGCCUCCAAAGACACUUACAUUAUCGAAUGCCAAGGAAUUGGGGUGACAAAUCCACAUCUGUAGGGGAUUCAUUCUUCAAUGAUGCCUCAAUGAUGUAUUGCAUUAAUUCAUUUUGUAAAUACUGUAAGGCAGUGAGUAGGAGGUAACUUAUCAAAGGAUCUGACCUAAAGUACAUUGUUCUAGAUUUGCUGAGAAUGUUUCAUAAAAUUAGUCUUAUUUAGAGGAUCCCUUGACAUGGACAAGGAAAUCUGAGAGUUGGCGUAUAUGUAUAAUACCUGAUCUCAAUAUUAAAGGAUUGAAAUAAAAUAUUCUUUACACCCAAAA